AUGGAUGUGUUCCAGAAGGUAGAGAAGAUCGGAGAGGGCACCUAUGGGGUGGUGUAUAAGGCCAAGAACAAGGAGACGGGGCAGCUCGUGGCCCUCAAGAAGAUCAGGCUGGAUUUGGAAACUGAGGGAGUCCCAAGCACUGCCAUCAGGGAGAUCUCCCUGCUCAAAGAGCUGAAGCACCCCAACAUCGUCAGGCUGCUGGAUGUGGUGCACAGCGAGAAGAAGCUUUACCUGGUGUUUGAGUUCCUCAGCCAGGACCUAAAGAAGUACAUGGACUCCACGCCGGCCUCCGAGCUCCCCCUGCACUUGGUCAAGAGCUACCUCUUCCAGCUGCUGCAGGGGGUGAGUUUCUGCCACUCUCAUCGGGUCAUCCACCGAGACCUGAAGCCCCAGAAUCUGCUCAUCAAUGAGUUGGGUGCCAUCAAGCUGGCUGACUUCGGACUGGCUCGAGCCUUCGGGGUGCCCCUACGCACCUACACCCACGAGGUGGUGACACUUUGGUAUCGCGCCCCUGAGAUCCUCUUGGGCAGCAAGUUCUAUUCCACGGCUGUGGAUGUCUGGAGCAUUGGCUGCAUCUUUGCCGAGAUGGUGACCCGUAGAGCCCUGUUUCCUGGUGACUCUGAGAUUGACCAGCUCUUUCGGAUCUUUCGGACCCUGGGGACGCCCAGUGAAGCCAUGUGGCCAGGAGUCACCCAGCUGCCCGACUAUAAGGGCAGUUUCCCCAAGUGGACCAGGAAGGGGUUGGAGGAGAUUGUGCCCGGCCUGGAACCAGAGGGCAAGGACCUGCUCAUGCAACUCCUGCAGUACGACCCCAGCCAGCGGAUCUCUGCCAAGGCCGCCCUCGCACAUCCGUACUUCUUGUCCGCUGAGACCUCCCCGGCCCCCCCGCAGUGUGUGGUGGAGCGUUUCUGCCGCUGA